GGAUCUGCGGGAAUGUGGAGCGGUCCUGCAGCGGUAUCAGCCUCCUGCCUGCAACUGGGACUGCUCCUAACCUAGGCGCGCCCGCUGCUCGGUGGCGGGAGGGCCAGCCAAGCGCCAUGGCCUGCAGCUUGAAGCCUUUACAACUGGACUGUGACCUCUGUGCCAUAGUGUCCAAUUCAGGUCAGAUGGUGGGCCAGAAGGUAGGCAAUGAGAUCGAUCGCUCCUCCUGCAUUUGGAGAAUGAACAAUGCCCCCACCAGAGGCUAUGAAGAAGAUGUUGGCCGCAUGACAAUGAUUCGUGUUGUUUCCCAUACCAGCGUUCCCCUUUUGCUGAAAAACCCUGAUUAUUUUUUCAAAGAAGCCAACACUACUGUUUACGUUAUUUGGGGCCCUUUCCGUAAUAUGAGGAAAGAUGGCAAUGGCAUUGUAUACAACAUGUUGAAAAAAACGGUUGACAUCUAUCCGAAUGCCCAAAUUUACGUGACCACAGAGAAGCGCAUGAGCUACUGUGAUGCAGUUUUUAAGAAGGAAACUGGGAAAGACAGGACAGAAGGGUAUAGAAAAGUCCCGUACCAUUAUUACGAACAAGGAAGAGAUGAAUGUGAUGAAUAUUUUCUUCAUGAACAUGCCCCAUAUGGGGGACAUAGGUUUAUCACUGAAAAGAAAGUAUUUGCUAAGUGGGCCAAGAAACACAGGAUAAUAUUUACACACCCAAACUGGACAGUGUCUUGAUGCUGUUUUUGUUUUUAUCUUGCCACACCAUUUGAUGUGACAAUAAUACUGCAACUAUGAGACUGAUGAUGCUAAUGAUGAUGAUAAUGCUGAUGAAAAGGAGGACGAUGAUAAGGACCAUAACAAUGAUGAUCAAGUUCCUGUACAUUCUCAGAUCUGGAUGGUUAUUACUCUGCCAAUAAUUUAAACUUGGAUUCUGCAGAGGGUGGUUGUGUUUAUUAUGUUCUUUCUGAAGGCUCAACACUACAUACUGCACUUUAUAACCUAACUGGAAUCGAAAUGAA